GAAUUCGAGCGCUCGAAUGCCAUCGAAGUAGAAGUAGUCAGCUGUGGGGCCCCAUGCCAGAUUGGGGAUAUGACGUGGGCAGGGGAGAGUACCCAAGCCCCAAAGCGCUGAAACGUACGCACUCGGCGAGCUUAGUGGCUCGCGAUUUUCCUAUCACGGUGUGUGUCAGCCAGUGCAUGUUAAGUUUUUUCAAGUUUUCUUGGCUUUUUCUGCUUCUCUCCCGUCUCGUUUUGAUUCUCCCCAGUAUUACAAAAACGCAAAAAAUAGAAACCCAGAAAUCAUCUGAAAAGGACCAGAAAAUCUUCUACACUGAACAAAUUCAAGCAGCAAAUUCAAUUAUUGUAUUUUUUAUUCCAUUCCGGUAUCGGGUUUUAUAUGUGUAUCCAAUUUUUUACCAUAUCUCGUGCGUCUUACUUAAGGUCUUAACGUUUCGUUAGUGUUAGCAAGCCGCGAUCGUAAGAUCUCAGCAAGAUUAGUGAGAAUUUUCUGUUUGUUUGGAUAGAACAAAUCGUGAUUUGCAAAAAUGAAUGAAAUUAACCCGGACUUGAGUUGUACAAAGGCUAACAAAGGAGUUUCCACCAGUGCGACGAAUCAAUUGAGUUCCAGUAAGCAAUCCUCGCCGUUGGCCUCAAUGUGUCCUUCAGUGACGGUGUGUGAUGAUCGCACCUCAUGCAUCUUGGGGGAGCUGAAUAAGAUCUACGAGGAACGACUGGCGGAUAUUGACGAGCAAACAAAUGGAAAUUUCGAGCUCAAAUAUCUCACUUACAAAGAAUGGGUUGAGAUGCUUUUGAAGCUAAUAAAAGACCUCAUUGAUGUCGUUCAAGAGCUUGAGUACGAAGCAUCAAGUCGUAUUGACUUGCUUGAAAAAAAAUUGCAAUCAGAAGGUGGCCAAGGAUGUAAUACAACUGAAAUUGGCAAUCUUAAAAAUGACGUAGCUAAUCUGGUGGAACUCAUCCGUCGUACCCUAGAGGAGGGCAAGUGGAAUUUAGAAGGCUUGAAUUUCAGUACGUUGAAACUAAAAGAUAUUUUUGGACAAAAAAUAGAGGUUACAGAUGCUCCUAACGUACAAGCAUACCAGAAUGAUUCACCUCGUGGUACUGAAACAAAUGACGUGAAAAAAUUAAAAUCGCAAAUUUUGUGCCGAAAUCAUGAAAUUAAGAAACUUGAAUCUGAAAAACAUACAUUAUACACUGAGUUGCAAAGAAAAGAUUUAAUGUUAUCGAACUACUCAUCAAAAAUUAAGGAACUAGAAAAAGAGUCGAAAAUACCAAAGGAUCGAAAGAAAAAUGUUACGAUCACUUCUCAGCAGGAUGAAACCUUACCUGGUACUGAUGAGGACAAAGUUUUCAAAGCAUGUAUAGCGGAGCUGAAAGAUUGCCUCCGAGAAAAGGAAGUUCAAUUGGCUGAAAAAUUAAAGCAAAAUGAAUGCCUUCAAUCAGAACUUCGAUUUUUCAAAAAUCAAGCAGGACAGAAAGAAAAGGCUGUUGCUAAUAUGCGAGCUUUAGCUUUUGAAGUAGCCGAUAAACAUGAUCAGAUGAUAGAGCUGCGAAACCAGGUCAAUUCACUGGAGGAGGAGUUGAAGAAGGCCCAUAAGAAAGUACAGUUUAAGGACAACGUUAUUCGGGAACUGCGCCGAGAAAUUAAAAAUUCCACAAAGAUCGAGGAGAACAGACCAGUAUGUCAGUGCACUAGUGGAGUGAAAGCAGAUUCUGAUACUGAACGGCAAUCAUUCAAAUCGGUGGCUUUCAACGAUUUGGAGUGUACUCAACGCACGGAUUAUACCAUGGAUACUGCUGUUGACUCGGAAAUGGCUAAAUUAGGUCAUUCCGCCAGAGCUGAAGAAGAACGUUGCAUACGUGUUCUGAAGGAAGAACUGGAUGAAUUACUUAAAUAUCAACACUGCCAUCAUGAGUCAAUAGAAGACCAAAAACGAAUGUUAGCUACACAACACGCACGAUUGAAAGAACUUACGCAUAAAAUGCUGAGUGAUCUUUCUAAGAGCCGUAACAAACUAUUUUAUCUAAGAACACACUUACUAGCUCUAAGUGAUACCAGUGGUUCUCCAGAAUUAAGUCCGAAACAGGAAGAUUCCGGAUACAUAUCGCCUGAAGACAUGGCGACUGAGUGCCAUUUGAUUGACACACUUCGAUAUCGCAUAAAUAACAUAAAAACAGAAAACGAUUGUCUCAAGGAGCAAGUUAGAAAACUAAAUAAUGAAGUGAUGAGCAAAACCUCUUCGUCCACAUGUAGAUGCAAAGGAUAUGAAAAUAGUGAUAAAAUAUUGCAGGAGGUUGCCAGUGCAUUGUCCAAUAUAUGCGGUAAAGAAGUUCCUUACGAAGUAUCCGGUAGAGCUUUAACUUGUGAAGGUGAAGUCCAUCCGAUUUGCCAAGCCAUGAUUAAUUUGGAAGCGGAAUUAAACGAGAAAAAUCAAUCAAUAUGUCGCAUGGAAGAGAGGCUAAGUGUGAAAGAAUGUGAAAUAAAAAAGUUACAAGAACAGCUAUUCGCUUUGGAGGAGGAUUGUCAUAGUAAAAACCAACAGAUCGUAGACCUACAAAUAGCAGUGGAAUUUCACGUUACCUCAGUUGAAAGGCUACAAGGCGCAAAUCAACAUUUAGAAGAUCAAUUAGCUGGCUUUAAGCGAAUGAUUAUUCAAUUGCAAUCACGAAAUGCCACAUACUUUCAAGAGUUAAAAGAAAAAGAUGCCAAAUAUAAAGAACUUUCGGACCAAUACCAAUUACUAACACAAUCUCUACAAUCCUUAAGGACAAACUGUGCCUGUGGAGCGUUGCAAAUAGUGUAUCCAGUUGUUGCCCAAGCAGAGCGUCUUGCCUACAUCCUAUCUACUGAGAAAACCGAUGAAGGCUAUGCACUACAAGAGUAUGCUAGUAUCCAGCAAAGUCAAAUCCUGGUUAACGAAAUGGACGACCAAGUGAGGACAAUGCAAAGAAAAAUUGAUUUGCUCGAAAAGACACUGGAGAAGCGCGAGCAGGAUCUCCAGGAGACCAAUGCUCGUAUGCUUCAGUGCGCCCAGCAGAAUGCAGAAGACGAACGGUUGCGUGGUGUUGUAAAUCGUUUGAAUGCCGAGAUUGCUGAACUAAGGAGUAACCGAAGAGAACGGGAAAGCAGCCUUAUUGCUGAACUGAAUCGUUUGCGUCAAUCCAUGGAUCAGCAUGUUGCUGCUUUAUCGAAAGCAAAUGACACUAUCAAUUCGCUCGAAAGGCAGGCACAAGGCUAUCGGAGGCAAGGCGAUGUGGCAAACAAGGAGAACGCAAUGUUGAAGGCCGAGUUAUACAAGGCAAGAGAAUGUGCAGCAACGCAAGACGGCAUUGAGAAAAGUUUACGGAAUCAGUUGAUGCAGACACAGAGUGAAAUGACAUUUAUGAAGUGCGAUUUGGAACGAUAUACGUGCCUUAUGCAAGAUAUUGAAAAUUUGAAGAAACACUGCAGUCGCCUGAAAGAAGCAAAUUACGAUCUAGUUAGAAAAUAUAAUGACCUCGUGGAAGACUACAAUAAUUUAGAAGAAGAGUAUAGAAAAUUAAUUGAUAUCAAGGACCAAUUAUUCAAUGAGGUUGAAAACAGUAGACAGUGGCAGAAACAACAAAAGGAGCAGGACAAGAUUAUUUCUUCAAAGUUCAAAAAACUUGAGGAGCACAUAGACACGCUAUUGGAUGACCGAAAGAAAUUAAUAGCUAAAAUUAAUGAUUUGCAUCAGGACACGAUUUUGAUAAGCGGUGAAUUGGAACAAUUUAAAGAUAUUUGUACAGGAUCUUUAAGCGAUAUACCAGAGCGGAUAAGGCAAUCGUUAGAUUUAAAUGAUAUUAACGUGGACACAGUUAUUAAAAAGGUUCGACGAAUUGCUAGAAAACUAUCGCAAACUCGUACAAUUUGGCAAAAUGGACUACGCCGUUCUUCCGAUUGACCAGAAAUAAAUUGAAACCAACAUCAUGAGUUCAUUUUAUAAUAAGACGCGGAACAGAACAGGAUGUAAAACAAUAUAUUUAUGAACGGUUUAUUAACAGUUGAAUUUUCUUUUAAGCUUAUUGUAAUUUACAAUAA